AUGAACCGACACGAAUUCUUCAGUGCCCUUCCUUUCAUGUGUCCAUUCUCUCAACUCAAUCAGCACUAUGAAGAAUUUGUUCGCUCCCAUCCGUAUAAAGCCAAAAACAAUAAUAGCUAUUGUAUGGAAUUUUCAAAUUUUUUGCAACACCAUUAUUCUCAUGUGAUGGAAGAUGCUUUUAUCAUCUUUGAAGGUAGUUGUUGCGUGAUGGAUGAUCGGGAUGAACAACACUUUUUCUUUAAUUCCACUACAGAAGCAUCCGAUCCAGCACAAAUGAAAGCAAAAUUAAUUUUGAUCAAAUUGAAUGGAAGGUAUUUGAGUAAGGCUUUGGAGAGAAAAUUCUUUUCAUCAUUGGGAUCAUUGGAAGGAAAUGAAUUGGAUGAUGAUCCAAAUGGACUCGUUUAUUCAAAAGCUUCUAAAUCUACAACCACUACGACCACAACAAGUAACAACAACAACAAUAGCGGUACCAGUAGCUCUCAAUCAAGCUCAUCUAGAGGAGAACCUGCCAAAAAGAAGCGAAAAAACACUGUUACCAUUGUAUCGUACAAUGAAACAAAUAAGGAUCGUAUUCAAUUGUUAGAUCAAUGUGGACUCAUUCAAUUGAAUCAAACAACGAAAAAUUAUGAAUUGCAUGAUCAUGUAUUUAUUCUAUGCCUAGUAUUGGAUGCAACAUGUUAUUUGAUUGACCAUACCGCAAUUGAAAAGAUUACUAAACCCAUUCUUGCCACUCCGUCUAGUAAUAAUAGUACACAAAAAGAUCUCAAUUUAUCAAAGGGAGAUUUAUUAAUUGAUGAUGAGGUUUUGAAAGAGGCAGAACGUAUUUACAAGGACCACCUGCAGAAAAAUGGAAAGACGGAGCCCGAAUCUGAACUCUUACUCCAAAACUCAAAAUCUAAUUUAGGGAUUACAAGCUCUCCUCAAAACGAAGAAGAGAAAAUUCCAUAUCUUGGAAUUACUUCAUCAUUUGUAACAUUACGAUUGUAUCAUUUAAUGACAGAAUACGAGCCUCAAAGCGACAAUGACAAAAUAUCGACCAUUGAGCAGAAAAUUAGCUCAUCGAAAAUGGCUCUCGAUCAAGCUCUUGCAUUAAUGUUGAAAUGUCUGAAACCUGUCGAUGCCAACAUAGUUAUUAAUUUAAGCCUGGGCGUUUCACAACAAAAUCAUUCAUCCUCACAACCAUCUGAACCACAACAACCACAACACGAAGAAGUUUCCAAAAAUUUCUCAAAAUAUCCAUCUCUUGCAUUCAAACAAGAGUUGUACCACAAAUGGAAUAACUAUAGCGAGCUAAUGACUCAUCUGAAACAUCAUCCAGUGAUUUUAAAUAUCAAUAGUACGAAAAAGCCCGCACGUAAAUGGCUGCAAACAGAAGAUGAUGACAUUUAUUACCGAUCAUUGACAGACAUUGCCAAUCUGUACUCAAAAUCCGUGUUAAAAAUUAAGUCUCAUGGCAUUCAACACGAACAAUUAGUGCUCAAACGGCUAGAAGCCAAUUACCUUGCGUCCAUUGAAAAUUUGUGUAAAUUAAGCGACAUGAGCACCUUAGAUGAAGAUGCUUUGGAAAAUUUAGAUCACGACAUUGGCAAGUUGAGAGAAAUUCAAGAAACCCUGUUGUUAUGUGACAGAGUUGUUCCUAACAAACCGUAUUCCUACUAA